UUCCCUCCGCUCUCUCUCUCUCUCCCUCUCUCUCUCUCUCUCUCCCCUAAAACAAAACUUUUCAAUCACAUUGAUCACCACUCUGGAAAUCUCUGCUGCUGUGACGAGAAAGAAAUGAGCGUGGAGACGACGGGGACACGGAUCUGUGAGCAGAGCUUCUGACAGCUGAGCUCCUUCGGCUCUGCCUCAGUCCCCCCUCUCUGAUGAGACGAUGAGAACCCACACCCGCGGGGCCCCCACAGUCUUCUUCAUAAGUCUGCUGUGGCCCCUGCUCGCCCCGGCAGCAGCGGCUGCGAAGGUGGACCCCAGCGGCGGAAUCCCCUUCAUGGGAGGCAACUACGAUGGUCACCCCAUGCUGUACUUCAGUCGGGGGGACGUGGAGGAGCUGCAGUACGCCGCCGCGGGGACCCACCGGGACAUGGCGAGGAGGAUCCGCGAGGCCGGGGAGACCAUGCUGGAGCACCCGGAGGAGUACCUGCCCCCCUGGAGCCCCGCCGAGUUCAGCGCCCGCUGGAACGAGGUGUACGGAAACAACCUGGGCGUGCUGUCCAUGUUCUGCCUGCUGUACCCGCACCGGGCCGGGGCCCUCGACCUCGCCAAGGACUACAUGGAGAGGAUGGCAGCUCAGCCUAGUUGGUUGGUCAAAGACGCCCCCUGGGACGAGGUUCCUCUGGCGCACUCUCUGGUCGGGUUUGCCACCGCCUACGACUUCCUCUACGAGUACCUGAACAAGGGCCAGCAGGAGCGCUUCCUGCAGGUGAUCGGCAACGCGUCGCGCCUCAUGUACGAGAAGUCGUACGUGCGAGGCUGGGGGUUCCAGUACCUGCACAACCAUCAGCCUACCAACUGUGUGGCUCUGCUCACAGGAAGCCUGGUUUUCAUGACACAAGGCUACUUGCAGGAGGCCUACCUGUGGACCAAGCAGGUUCUGUCCAUCAUGGAGAAGUCUAUGGUCCUCCUACAGGAUGUGACGGACGGCUCUCUGUUUGAAGGAGUGGCCUAUGGGACGUACACCACCCGCUCUCUGUUCCAGUACAUGCACCUGGUGCAGCGUCACUUCGCCAUCGGACACUUCGACCACCCCUGGCUCCUCAAACACUUCGCCUUCAUGUACCGGACCAUCCUUCCCGGGUUUCAGCGGACUGUAGCCAUCGCAGAUUCAAACUACAACUGGUUCUACGGUCCAGAGAGCCAGCUGGUCUUCUUGGACCGCUAUGUGUUGCGUAACGGCAGUGGAAACUGGCUGGCAGACCUGAUUCAUCAGAACAGGGUGAUCGAGGGGCCGGGACAGGCUGGGAAAGGACAGAGAUGGUGUACACUCCACACAGAGUUCAUAUGGUAUGACCCCAACCUGAUUCCCAAGCCUCCUUCCGAUUUUGGCACACCUCGACUCCACCACUUCGAGGAUUGGGGCGUGGUGACUUACGGCAGUGCUCUACCUGCAGACACCAACCGCUCCUUCCUGUCCUUCAAGUCAGGGAAGCUGGGGGGUCGGGCCAUCUUCGACAUCGUCCACAAGAACAAGUACAAAGAGUGGAUCAAAGGAUGGAGGAACUUUAACGCCGGCCACGAGCACCCGGAUCAGAACUCUUUCACCUUUGCGCCCAAUGGUGUCCCGUUCAUCACUGAGGCACUGUACGGACCCAAGUACACUUUGUUGAACAAUGCAGUGCUGUUCGGCUCGGCCACGUCAGGGAGCUGCUUCAAACCGUGGACUGGACAGGUCACAGAGGUCUGCGAUUCAAAGUGGUUGAGGUACAAGGUGGGGCUGGCUGCUGACGCCCAGGGCCGAGUGGAGGCCGCUCUGGAGAGACAGGGAAUGGUCUUCAUCCGUGGCGAGGGAAGUUCUGCUUAUUCCCCUGAGCUGAAGAUUAGAAACUUCCAGAGGAACGUACUCCUCCUUCACCCGCAACUCCUGCUCCUGGUGGACCACAUCCACCUGGAUCCAGACAGCCCAACGAGGGCCAUGAGCGCCUUCUUCCAUAACACGGAGCUCCCGUUCCAGGGGACGAAGAUAGACGGAGUUCAUGGAGCAUUUGUUUCUCAUGGGGAGGAUAAAUAUAAGAUGUUCUGGAUGGAUGACACAGGCUUCAGUCACAAAGGGGUGGCAGGGUACUGGAAUUACCCUCGAGGGUACCCGUACAAUGGAUCCAACUAUGUGAACGUCACUAUGCCGCUCAGGUACCCUCACUCCAGAGUGGCCUACAUUUUCUUUGGACCAGGCGUGGAUGUACAGAGUUUCAGCCUGCGUGGAGACGAUCAGAGAGUAGAUAUCUACCUGGCCACCAAAGAUCACACCUACACCAUCUACCUGCUGACCGGAGAAGUCACCAGUAAGCCGCUGUUCGCCAUGGUGCUGCAGGACCACAAGAAGAUCGUGUUUGAGAAAACGGCGGCCGUGGCGGAAUCCUCACCUGAGGAGGUGGAGGAAUACGUCAACGUGAUGGACGACAACCUCCAGCACGUCAAGCCAGUCUUCCAGCAGAUGGAGAGGCACAUCCUCGGACGGGUUCUCAACACCGCCAGCUUCCGCAAGACCGCGGAGCGCCUCCUCCAGUUCUCCGACAAGAAGAAGACCGAGGAGGUAAUCGAGAGGAUGUUUGCCAUGUCAAAAAAGCAGGGGAAGGGCAAAGGGGGAAGGAAGGUGAACCUUGGGGAGAAGCUUUCUGAAAGUCUACCUGAUCUUUUUGCACAGAUCGAGGUCACUGAGAAGAAGGAGAGGCAGAGGACUUCAAAGCGUACUUAUGAGGACAGUCCAGAGGAGGGAGAUGCAGACUCCAGGGCCUUUAUGGAUUAUCCAGAUGGCCGUAAAAACAGAAAAGGUGCCUUUGUCAAAGGCCGCAAGUUUAAGGAGGUUCACAUGGUGGCCACAGUGGGGAGCGAGGGUCUCUCCAACACCGCCUCCUACAUCAGACUCUUCCUCCUCCUGAACACGGCCACCUUCUUCCUGCUGCUGGCCGUGUUACUGACUCGCUUUCAGAGGGGGCGGAGCUUGCACACACAACGAUGCUUCUACACCGUCCUCGUCAUAGACUGCUUCAUCUUACUGUACCUCUACUCCUCCUGCUCUCACACACAGUGCUAACAUCAGGAGCGAGCGGGAGGGGCCGUCCAACCUCAGAUCACAUGAGCUAUCACAUGAGCUGCUUUCACACAUGCACUCCUGAAAAGUUCUAGAAAAUGUAGACAACCCCCUUCCAAAAAAAAAAUACUUGGGGGCUGGCAGGAGUAAGAAGUAUGUCACAUAAUGCAGCUUACCCGGAAAACUUCAGGAGUUUUAUGCAAGUGUGAAAGCAGCCAUGUUGAACGAAAUGCACCCAACACCUCAGCCUGAACCCGACCUUAUAACAGAGGAUUUGGGCCACUUUUAGAGAUAAAUCUUAAAUGUAAGUUGAAUUGAAGUUUUUAUUGUGUCAUACAUUCAUUUAUAUGCCCAGACGUUUGAGGAGCAGAGUGCAGAGGUCAAUUCAUUGUCAUGGAACAAACAGAGAAAGCAAAAGCAAGAUAAACCCUCAUUAAACCGACUAUCUUCUCAUCUUUUCCAAGCUUUUGAGACAAAAUUAGCAAGCUUAAACAGACAUUCCAGUUUUUGCACACCUGUCCACCCCAAUAUUUCAGGUUUUUGACGAGCUACUUCAUGAAACAGUCAUUCUCUUCAUAGUCAAAUAUCAAAGAAAAUGGGACUCAGUUUCUACUUCAUCCAAAUCACACAUCUCUCAAAGUCAGUUUUCUUCUUGAAUAUUUUUGAAUCGACCAACUUCAAUAGUCAGAGGGAGAAUAGUAGAUCUUUAAUGUGCGACCAAGGAUCUUUGGCUUUUAGCGACAUGUUAAUUAUAAUUCAGGCAUAAAAUUCUGAAAAAUUGAUCUGCACACAUGUCCUUAGUUUUGGCUUGGACAGAAUGUUUUGAAGCCAUUUUUAUUCAUACUUCAUCAAGAGCUUAUCUUGAAGUUUGAUUUUUGAAAAAUAUCUAAAUAAAUAUUCAAGAUGUUUAACACAAAAAGGGUUGAAUCAUCAAUGUAAAAUGUCAUGAUUAGACACUCAAAAUAGUCCCAAAUGUGACAAGCUGCUUCUAUGAUACUUACUACAUAUACCUCUCUGCAGACUGUUGUGUAUGUGUAAGGUUACUAUUUUACUCUUUUAUGGCUGUUACACUUUUGGAGCCAUUCUAAAUGUUAAACUUUAUAAAUGUAUUUCUUUCCUCAUGACAUUAGGAGCUUAUUAACAUCGAUAUCUGUUUUAAAUCACAGGUUUGUUUUCACACAUUCAUGGUUUCUAUGCCUCUGCAAUGGCAACAAUCUUGGCUGGAAGAUUUUAGUGUUCAGGUUCAUCCUCCGUCCUCCUGUCUGUCCAUAUGUCCAUGUUCAUAAAUAAUAUCAUAUCAUAAUGUAAUAUUUGAAGAAUGUUGUUGGUCAUUUUUUCAUAUUUGCAUAACUGUCCUACUGGAGUCACGGAUGAAUCGAUCUGAGAUUGAAAAAACAACAACUUUUUAUGUGAAAUCAUAAUGUGUUUAUAUACCUGAUUUACUAAGAAGAAGUUUGAUGUUCAAAGGUCACUGUGACCUCACGUCCAUCCAAUCCUAUCCAUCCAUCCAUUUCUUUCAGUUAUCCUGGGCCGGAUCGCUGCCAAGCAACCCUUCAGAGAAAACUAAUUUCAGCCACUUAUUUCCUCAAUCUCAUUCUUUUGGUCGCUAGCCAAAGAAUUAGAAUGUAGAUUAGCUGGUAAAUGGGAUAUCUGAUUAGUGCCUCAAGGGAAUAAGUUCAUCUGGUUUGGUUAGUGAUCAGUUAGUGUGCCAUCUUCACCUCAUGUACCUGUUUGUUUCACUCUUCUAGUGAGAUGGGUCUACCAAUGUUCACAUGAAGAAAGAUUCUCUGGUAGUAUGUCCGUCCUACGGAUGCACCCCCUCUCCUUUUCAAGCCCCCAUGAAGUGCGCUGCCCGUUGUAGCCAAUUUAACAUGGUGGCCGUACCUGGAAUUGCAGCGUCUUGUGAUGCCUUAAGGCCUGAAAAGACUUACAUUGGGAAAUAGACAUCUAUAAAUCAGCAAAUACUUAAUUUUUUUUAGGUAAAUCACAUUCCUGAUAUGAACACUUAAACACUUUUAAAAAAAAUAAUUAGGUCCUUAAAGUUGUCAAAUGCGAUUAAAGCUGAAUUCAGAGAUAUUUUAUAGACAUAGUGAACGCGGAUCAGAGCCACUGGACGCUGGCUCCAAGCGCCAUCCUCUUUAGGCCCAAGAACAUGGCAGAUUCGGGUACUUUUACACACUGAAGUCUGACUUUUUUACCAUUCUUUAAACGUCCUUAUUUUAGAAAUGACAUUUUAUACCUAAACUCUUAUGAGAAUCUUUGAGCGUUUGUUUUUUUCUAACAGUGGCCCUAAUCCUGUUAAAGGUCUGCGUAUGAGGUGCUCAGGAAAAAACAACUGAUUCCAAAUAGGAAUUGAUGUUUUGCCGAGAUAAAAUAAAAAACGGACCACCUCUGAUGUAAACAGCUUCUGUGGAGCUUUAGAGUCUGUGUGAAGUGAAGUUUUCUUCUUUUGUCCAGUUCAGAGGCGCUACCUGCUGUCAAAGAUCUCAAGGUUAGCCACAAAAAAAAAA